AAAAAGUUGAAGUGCCAUCAAAACACCAAAAAAAAAAAAAAGAAAAGAAAAAAAAACAUAAAAGGGAGAAACAAUAUUAACAACUUUUCAGUGUAUUUCAAUCUGAUUUAGGUGUAGAUUUAUCAACUUCGAUCGUUCAUAAUGUAUUUAGCGUGUACUAGGAAAAAGCUGCCAAAUGCUCCAGUUACAGCUGAGCAGGUUGAUAAUAGUAUUGUAAAAGUCACUCCGAUGAAGAGGAAGAAUUUUUCGGCUGAAGAGAUCAAUUUCUUAAAGACGCUUAUUCAGAAGUAUAGGCCUAACCAGAUUGAAAAUAAGAAGACAGAUACUGCUAAUUUAGGAGAAAAGCAAAGAAUAUGGGAAAGUAUUACCGCUGAAUUUAAUGCUCAUUUUCAAAAUGAUGAAGAGACUAGUGUUAAACAAUUAAGAAAGUUAUGGGAUAAUUUGAAGACACGAAGAAAAAACGAACUUCUUCGUGAACGUUUAGUUGACGACGAUUCCACUUCUGCAGAAUUGAAACAUAAAUUAAGCAAUUCUAAUUACGAUGAUAUUUCCGAUUCCCUAGAUAGUAAUGCCAUGAGCGUCGAUUUUCCAAGCGCGUUAGAUGAAAAUUCUUAUCUGACGAAUAAUAGUCCUAAUAGUUGGGCAUUACCUAUUGAGACAGUCAUUAUUGAAAAUGAAAGUGAAGAGACAUAUAGAGAUACGUACAAAGACGCCACUCAUCAUCAACCAGAUGACAAUUUCGUUGAACCUAGUGAAGCUGUGAAUAAUUGUACAUGUAGUCAAACGAAAAAAGAAAUGGAAUUAAGGCAUAAAAAAAUUAAACUCAUAUUGCAAGAAGAAGAAGCCUUGUAUAAAAUGAAAAAAGACGAGCAGCAAUUGAAAAAUGAAAUUGCUAAAGUACAAUUGAAAAUCGUCAAGGAGAAAAAAGCCUAUUUAGCGAAAAAAAGAAAACUCCAGUUGCAAAUUCUUACCAAACAACUAGAUAAUUCAAAUAGAGCGGAAUCUAACGAAGAAGUUCGGCCGAAAUUGAGCAACUGCGUUGCUGAUAGUGAUGAAAGUGGAGUAGACGACUCUAAAGUCAAAAUUAACAAUUGUGUUAAAGUCGAAAAGGAUUCCGAAGAUAUAAGUAACAAUUGCCUGGUUGCGAACGGAAAACUCGAGAAUGAGGUGAAUAAUCUCAGAAGAUAAAGAAUUUUUAUAUAUGGCAUCAUGACGUUUUAAAAAUAAGAUUAUUUCUCUCUCUCUCUCUCUUUCUUUUUCUUCUUUUUUUUUUUUUUAGUAAAGUACAAUACAGCAUGAUUGUUGGUCAGUGUCGGGUUUUUUAUAUACCUUUUCAUUUUACGUCUGUCAAAUUGUUGUAACGUUAAUUUAAAUUACGUAAAAGUACGUAAUUGUACAGAAGUUAUCGCGUUUAUGUUUGAAUAUUUGUGUUUUUCUAUGUAUUUUUUAACGUUUUUAAUGUACUUAUAGAAAUGUUUAUUAUAUUUAUUGUGUUUGAUGAUACAUGUAUAAAAAGUAUUCGAUUGUUCAAUUUCUCUUCUGUAAUUAUAGGACGUUGAAAAUAA